AUGAAUUUGAGACACUCAGAUAUUAAAUUAGUUUAUGAUUCUAUCAAUCAAUUAGUUAGAGGUGUUGAUGAUAUUAAAUUUAAUUUUUAUCCGUCUUUAAACAUUCUCUACUACUACCAUUUGAAUAUUGAUGAACAGUUUUAUGAGUAUUUUAAUGAUUGUACCAGAAUAUUAGGAGAUGCUAUUUUUAUCAAAGAGUUUAAAUUUUUUUUAUCUCUCAAGCCUUUUUGUACUUUUAAUAACUAUUUGUUAUUUAUUCAUAAAUCUAAAUAUCUUCCUUUAUACUUUACAUUCUAUAUUUGCUUUAUGUUUUAUAAUUAUGAAUUUAAUGAGAAUGUUAUAGUAAAUUCUAAUUUUAUUAAGUGGUUGUCUGUUUGUUUUAAUACACUUUAUUUUUAUGAUAAUUUUUUAGAAAAUAAAAAAUAA